GUCUGCAAAGAUUUGUCCGUGGGGUUGUAGUUCUAAUCGUUUGUGCGUGAAAAUUUGACUAUUAUGGCUUUAGAAUCUUCUGUUGAAAAUGGUGUUUCCGAUGGCGGGUCCGAUAGUGGGAUAGAUAUUGGAUUAACUAAGGCAAAUAUAAAAAAAGAAAAAGAAAGUACGAAAGAAGGUGGGGGAACACCAAUAACCAACGGGGUGACAGAAGUGAACGGCAACUGCAAUGGAACUGAGGAGGUGGAGAAGGGCGAAACGGAAGCCAAUGAAAAGGGAGGAGACAAGAAAGACGAGGCUGAAGUUGUGUUCAUCCAAGACAUGGGCUUCACGGUGAAGAUUGUCAGCCCUGGCACCGAGGCAUUUGAUAUACAGGUGUCCAGUAUGGAGUUAGUGCAAGAGAUACAUCAGCUGUUGAUGGACCGUGAAGACACGUGUCAUAGAACAUGCUUCUCCCUCCAGCUGGACGGAAACACCUUGGACAACUUUGCAGAACUCAAGAACAUCGAGGGUCUCAAGGAGGGAUCAAUAAUCAAGGUUGUAGAAGAGCCGUACACCAUGAGAGAGGCAAGGAUCCAUGUGAGACAUGUACGUGAUCUGCUCAAGUCUCUAGACCCGGCUGAUGCCUACAACGGAGUGGACUGCAGCUCUCUGUCCUUUCUCAACAUCAUCACUCAAGGUGACAUUCUAGAAAAAAAGAAAAGCCGAGCAGAGAGUGUGGAUUGUACUCCGCCAGACUACAUCAUGCCUGGCUGUCGUGAACGUCCCCUGCUGCCUCUCCAGCCAUUCGCCAAGGAGCAGAAGGGCCCGCAAUGUAUAAAGGUGCUCACGACGUCAGGCUGGAACCCACCCCCGGGCUAUCGUAAGAUGCACGGUGAUCUCAUGUACCUCUAUGUUGUAACACUAGAGGACAAACAUUACCACAUCACAGCUUGUACCAGGGGCUUUUUCCUCAACCAAUGUACCGAGGAAGAGUUUAAUGCCAAGCCUGCAGUGCCAUCACACUUGUGCCAUUCUCUGAUAGAACUACUCAGUCAGCUGAGUCCAGCGUUCAAACGCAACUUUGCGAUCCUACAGAAGAAACGUACUCAGCGCCACCCCUUUGAGAGAGUGGCGACUCCGUACCAGGUGUACGCAUGGGCCUCUCCUCUCACCGAACACACCGUAGACGCCAUACGGGCUGAGGACACCUUUUCGUCCAAGCUUGGUUAUGAAGAACAUAUCCCUGGACAGACGAGAGACUGGAACGAGGAGUUACAAACUACGAGGGAGCUGCCUCGCAAAAACCUGCCAGAGAGAUUGCUUAGAGAGAGGGCGAUAUUCAAGGUUCACAGUGACUUUGUGGCCGGAGCCACCAGAGGUGCGAUGGCUGUCAUUGACGGCAACGUGAUGGCUAUCAACCCUGGCGAAGAGUCCAAGAUGCAGAUGUUCAUCUGGAACAACAUCUUUUUCUCUCUGGGCUUCGACGUGAGAGAUCACUACAAGGAACUUGGCGGGGACGCUGCCGCCUUUGUUGCUCCGAGGAACGAUCUGCAAGGUGUGAGAGUUUACAGUGCUGUAGACCUGACUGGCUUGUACACUCUGGGCACCGUGGUCAUAGACUACCGGGGCUACAGAGUUACAGCUCAGAGCAUCAUACCUGGCAUACUGGAGAGGGAGCAGGAACAGAGUGUGGUCUACGGCUCUAUAGACUUUGGCAAGACUGUACUGUCACACCCCAAAUAUAUGGAACUGCUAAGCAAGGCCGCCCAGCAGCUCAAGAUCCUUCCACACAAGGUGGUGAAUGACAAGGCGGAGGAGGUGGAGUUGUGCUCUAGUGUGGAGUGUAAGGGCAUCAUCGGCAACGACGGCCGACACUACAUACUGGACUUGUUGCGCACCUUCCCCCCAGACGUGAACUUUUUGAAGCUGCCUGGUGAAGAGUUAAGCAGAGAAGUGACCGCUCUCGGCUUUCCCAUCGAACACAAACACAAACUUUGCUGUCUGAGGCAGGAACUCAUCGACUCUUUUGUUGAAUCUAGGUACAUGAUGUUCAUCAAGUACGCAGCGUUCCAUCUUCAGCAGCUGGGAGCCAAGAAACAGAGAGAGAGAGAGGCUAGGAGUCAGGAGAAGGAACUGGAGUCAAAGGAAAAAGAUAAGAAGAUUAAGGCGAUUGACAACAAAUUGGCAACCAGAGCAGAAGUAGAAAAAGUUGCAGAGGAAAAUCCUAUGGAAGCAGACGAAGCUAAGAAAAUUGUUGAGAGCAUAACAGACUCAAUAACCAGUGGAGAAAAACAAGAAUUGGAAGAAAGCACCAAAGAAAUAGUGAAGAAGGCGGCUCUAGCAGUGGGAUCGCUGAAGGAGACUGAGUUUGACAUCAGAUUCAACCCCGACGUGUUCUCUCCCGGAGUGAAACACACCGACCCUGACGGAUCAUCACUCAAGAAGGAGCGGCAACUGGUCAAAGAUGCUGCGGACUUCCUGGUCACUGCUCAAAUACCUACCUUUAUACGAGACUGCCUGGACCACUCGGGAGCGCCCAUGGACGGAGUGACACUGUCCGAGGGGAUGCACACUAGAGGUAUCAACAUCCGCUACCUGGGCAAGAUAGCCAACAUGCUGAGUAAGGUGAACCAGCUGGAAUAUCUGCACAACAUAGCUGUGGCGGAGCUCAUCACACGCAGUGCCAAACAUGUCUUCACCACGUACAUGCAGAGCACAGAGUUAAUGUGUCUGUCCGCUGCCAUCAGCCAUUUCCUCAACUGUUUCCUCUCCUCCUGUCAGAUGCCACACCCUGUACAGGCUGCUGAUGAAUUACAGAGUAAAACGUCAAAAAGGCGUAACAAACGCAAGGGCCGCAUGAACCAUCUGUUGUCGUCAGACAGCAACGAGUGGGCCAACCUGACGCCCAAGUCCCUCUUUCAACAGAUCAGGGGCGAGCUGAAGGCGUACUACGACUGGGACUUGCCCACCGACACAAUGGACACCACCUUGGAACACUUCUCUCUUCAGAAGAUAUCAUUACUCAGAUCAUUUUGCCUUAAGACUGGUAUCCAGAUCCUACUUAGAGAAUAUUCAUUCGAUGCCAAAAACAGACUGACCUUCUUCGAAGAAGAUAUCAUCAACAUCUUCCCUGUUGUAAAACAUAUCAAUCCCAGAGCAAGUGAUGCGUUCAACUUCUACACGACAGGACAGAGCAAGAUACAGCAGGGUUACCUCAAGGAGGGUUACGAACUGAUCAGUGAGGCCCUCAACCUGCUCAACAAUGUCUACGGAGCAAUGCAUCCGGAGAUCGCACAGUGCCUGAGGAUGUUGGCAAGACUGAACUACAUCAUGGGGGACCAUGCGGAGGCUAUGGCCUACCAGCAGAAAGCCGUCCUAAUGUCAGAACGAGUCAACGGCAUCGACCACCCCUACACCAUCACUGAAUACACCCACCUGGCUCUAUACUGCUUUGCCAACAGUCAGAUCAGCACUGCGCUCAAGCUGUUGUACCGAGCUCGCUACCUCGCGCUGCUGGUGUGUGGCGAGAACCACCCCGAGAUAGCUCUGCUUGAUAGCAACAUCAGUUUGAUCCUUCACGCCGUGGGAGAGUACGAACUCUCUCUGAGAUUCCUUGAGAAGGCGUUGGCACUCAACAUCAAGUUCUAUGGCACCAAGUCACUCAAGGUGGCGGUGAGCUACCAUCUGGUGGCUCGGACACAGAGCUGCAUGGGAGACUUCCGCUCGGCGCUCAACAACGAGAAGGAGACGUACGCCAUCUACAAGCAACAGCUUGGAGAAGACCAUGAAAAGACAAAAGAGUCGUCAGACUGUCUAAGACACUUGACACAUCAAGCAGUCGUGCUUCAGAAGAAGAUGAAUGAGAUCUACACAGGCAAGCCAGGAGUGGGACUGCCUCCCAUACAGAUACAGCCUCCUAGCAUGGGCAGUGUCCUGGACAUGCUCAAUGUCAUCAACGGAAUACUCUUUGUACAGAUAAGCCAACAAGACAUUGAAAAUUUCAAAGCAGAAAUUGAAAAGCGCCAAGCCAAAGAAGAAGAAGACAAGGAGAAGGAGAAUAGCCCGGUGAAUGACACCUUACCCUCGAUUACCGCUUCCCAAGUGUUGCCUGAGAGUUGAAGCAAAACCUCCGCCCGUAGAUAAUCGUAGUGACACUUGAACUAUUUUUGUACAGUUUUGAACAGACUGUCUGGUCAAGGUGUUCGAUACUUAGGUGUUUGGUUGAAUGAAACUUUGUCAUAAGCAACAGAAAAGUCUGAAAGAUUCUGCCGAGCAAUAAUCAUUGUUUGCACUAAAUUGUUACUUAUUUGUUUUACAAUUCUACCGUUAUUGUUGUUGAAAUUAUUUGAAGUUAUUUAUAUUAUCACGUAAAUACUAUUAUUGUUACUAAUUAUUGUUGGAAUCUGUUCAUUAUUAUUUUUUAUACUUUUAACAAGCAUGUUGUGUGUUAAAGUCAAUAAUGAGUAUACAUCAUCUUGUAAAGAAUUUUGUGUGAGUUGAAGACAUAAACGUUUCCAAGCACAAAAAUGUAAUAUCUAGAAACAGCUAAAAUUAAACAAUAUGCCUAGUAGAGUUACAUGAUUUUUCAAAUCAUAUUUAUUUUGUCAAUUGUAUUUGUGAUUUACUGAUUUGUUAUGUUAGUUUUCUAAAUACAGAAUAUUGUUUACCGUUACAUAAAACAAUGUGUUCCUCAUAAACAAUUCAUAGUGAUUAGGUUGUUCCCUCCCUAUGUGGUUCUUAUCUUAUUAUACACUCAAUAUCAUAGAGCAUAGCUUAAUGAAUUUAAAUACAAUACUCAAUGCAAAGCAUUAUUUUGUAAACUGAUUUUAUGUCGUAACCAUCUUCAAGUAUGAUUGUUUACAUAUUAUAUCUCCAGCUGUUAGUUUUACCAGCUUAGCCUAUACUUUUUGUUUUACCGAGUUUUCAUUGUUCUACUAGUCUAUUGUAAUCUGUUCACCCUUACUAGUUAUAAUUGUUUAUUUUUGCAAUCGUUUCACUAGUGACAAUUUUGAUUGUAUCGUAAAGUGUUUGUUAUACGAAUGUUAAGACGAUUGAAAUGAUUUAUUUUGAAUUAUUGUUAUUGUUUCUAGAAAAUCAAAAGUGAAAUCGUCGGCUCAGGUUGAAAUAUUCAGCCGUUAUUGAAUCAAAAUAUGGUGUGUAAGAUCGAAUACAGUCGUGGUUUUACGUCAACCAAUUCAGUCUGUGAUGUACCAUAUUUGUAACCUGUACAAUAUUUUGCCUGAUAAUACUGUUUAAGUCGGUGUUGAAUUUUUAUGCAGAGCAUGCGUAUUUUGUAGGUUAUUUGGCUCGGUUGUUAGUUUAUUGCAUGUUUUUGUCAUUAAAAUGUUCGAUUUCACCUAGCCAAGAUUUGGAGGGGAUGUUGCUUCACUACCUAUUAGUAAGUAAGAGGCAUGGUGCUUUGUCCAAAGAGUUACAUUUAGUACAGUUAGAUUUCUGUUUACAAACAGCUUUAUAUCCAAAUGUCCCCUCCAGUUCUCAGGCUAAGGUUUCAUCUUGAAAACAUUUUUGUUAACCAUAUUCAUUAAGGGAGGGUGAAGUUAGAUUCAUAAUGUAUUCAUAAGUAUCACAGUGAUCAGUAGGGUUAUAAUAUUUUCUUUAUAUUUUGUCCCUACCUACGUUUCAAGCAACCUCGUUGGUUAGAUAAACAAAAAUAAUUGAUCCCUAUUUUACUAUAGAGUGCUUGGUAAGUUAUUUUUUUUAGUUAUUAGGUAAAUAAUAAAAAAAAACAUGAUUAAAUUAUUAAUUUAAUAGAAUAAGUCUAAAAUUCUAGAGAACUGACUAAUUUGCCAGUAACGAAAUGUCAAAAUGACAGGAUUUGUGAACAUUGAUUCGUUUUACUGGAACAUGUUAGAGUUAAGUCUGCUGAUCCCCUCUAAUUGGAGAUUUGUGGCCAAUUGACAAAUUGGUAAUUGUUGAACUUGGCAUCACCUAUUAAUUUCUGUAGUUUUUUCUUUUGAAUACCUAUGUGAAUUGGGUAAGGGCUAACAAGGAAAUUACUCUGAUUAAUUUAUUUGAAAUCUUAAAUACAAAUCUCAACAUUUAUGUCUCAUUUUGACUUUGAUUUUUUGUCAACACAUUAUGAUGUUGUCGUUUAAAAUACCAUUGUCUAUUUUAAAUAACUAUUUUCAAAAACAUUAGCUAAAUUAAAUUACUUUAAGUCAACCCCCCUCCUAAAACGUUUUAAAAACUGUUUAAUUGUUAAUUUGAAUAAAAUAACUAUAUGAGUUAAUUUGAAAUCAAAGUUGGAUCUUCAUUUUUUUUUUCAUUAACCACUGAAAAAUUAUUUUCUUCUAAUAAAAGUGAUAUAUUUUUGGUAUCAGUAUUAGCAGCACCAUUUUAUUUUCAAUUGUUAUAAAAUAAUCUUUUUAUGAUACUUAUUUUCCUCAUUUGUAUGGUUUACAAUAAUGUAAAACGUGACAGUUUACAAGUAUUACGGUUCCAUUGACAUAGUAACCCUCCCUGUUAACUUUAGUUCUUAAUUUUGUAUUGUUUUCUAUGUAGUUUAGCAUAGCUUAGUGAUCUCGUAGGGUAUUUAGUGAAGUAGAGUCGAUUUGGCAUAAGUUGCAUGAUCGUUGCAUUUGGUACGGACAUCAAUUUGUACUAUCGUUGCUCUGGUUUUUUUACAAAAUAGUACCGCUGUUUUAAUGCAAUAGUGAGUUUUUGGUAGUUUUCUACAGUUUCAUUGUAAAUUUGCUUAGGCUCAUUUAAAUAUUGAUCGAAUCACUUAGUUAACCUUUAUUCACAAUUUGUUGAAUGCUACCCAAACAAUUACCAUUUAAUACAAAUUUAACCAAAGUCAUCUAGAGAACUUUGACUUCAUCAAAAUUAUAUUUUCAAGAGGAGGAUUAGCGUGUUCUUUCUAAAACUUGUUGUGUAUGAAUAAGUCUAAAUAAUUUUAUUUUGCUAGUCACACCCAAAAUACAACAUAUUUUCUGCUAUAAAAUGUUAUAGAUUUAAAUACUGUUAGAAUGAUUAUUCCUAUUCCUAAAAUGCAUUGAAUUAAUGUAUGUUGAACUCUAGGAUAUUCGACAAGUGGCUUUUGAUAACGUGAAACAUCUAAGUGGUUAUGACCUGCUUAGGAUUUGCUAAGUAACUGCUCGAUCUGUCCUCUAUAAAUAAAACUAAGUACUGUUUGUUGAAUGGGUGUAAAUGUUAAAAUUUACGAUUGAUAUUGUCAAUAAAAACAUUUUUUUAGUGAUGUUAAUAAAGUCACAUUACUGAGAUAUAGCUAACUACUUGGAAAAAUGUGAUUUGUUUGUUUAAUUGUAUAUGCUAUAACAACGAUAAGUUUUGAAAAUUGUGGAGGAAAAGUUCUUUUAAGACAUCAAAAGGCAAAAUCAUUAUUUUUAAUGUUGGAGUUUACCAAAUCGACCUUUGUUAUCCAUCCAAAAAUGAGUAAAUCGGACAGUCAAAUUGCUUGAAUUAAAGGUGUAAAAAAUGGGAGAAGAAUAAGUUAACAGAUUUACUUAACCUGUCUCAUAAACAUAUUUCAUUCCAAAAAUUUGUUUAAUACUCUGAUUAUAGAACUGUAAAAUCAUUUUGUAAAUAAAUGCUUGUUUUUCCCAGCAGGUUUAUUUGUCUUGAAAUUUAAAAUGCCUUUAUAGAACAACUGGAACACUGUUCCAUAAUAAGAUUUCUACAUUAAAAACUUCCUCCACGAGCCAGCAAAAAUAGCCAGCAUUUUUCCAUGAAUAAUUCCCUUGAUUAAAGCAAGAAAGCUUUCCCUAAAUAUAACUCAUAUGAUAAAGCAUAGCAGCCACCCAUGAACAAAUUGCGUUAAAGCAUAUGAGCCUUCCAUGAACAAUUUCUCCAAGAACAAGCAAAGAGCUUUCCCUAUACAAUUAUUUCAAAAAUGAGCAUUACAGUUUAACAUGACUGAUACCUCCAAGAGCAAGCAUGUAAGCUUCCAUGAACGAUUCAUCCAAUAAAAUAUGACAGCUCCAUGAACGACUCCAAGAGACAGAAACUUCCACCUCCAAGACUGAAGGUUGAUUGGUCAACAGGAUCUUAUCCACAUUGUUAGCUACGCACUGAUUGUCAAAUAAAUUGGUUGUGUUUUAA